AUGACUGACAUGCACAUUCAGGUCGCCGGACACACUCCCACCCAUCUCCUUGUCUAUCCAUUACCAAGUCAAGGUGAAAAUGACAGACGUCCGCAAAGAUUCGGUCUUCAGAGGUGCCAUGGUGGUGCCGCACUCAUUGCAGAUCUUUUGGAUGCUUCCGCCCACGAACACGGUCACAAAGUACAUGGGCCGCCUUUAGAGGUCUCUGACGAUCGUUCCCUUGAGCAGCCGGCUUCUGCUAUCACGGAAUUGGAGAUCUUUGGCGAGCUGGACAAUCAGCUAUCAAGUUACAAAGUGAAGCACAGCCGGCCCCUCGAUACAAAACCGAGAUGGUGCCGUCCUCAAGUCUUGCUCAAGACCACUGAGAAAGUGCGCGUCCUAAUUCUUCAAGAUGCCGAGUCUGACUUCAGGAACAAGAAUGAUGCAGUGGACUUCUUUCGCGAGAGCCGCCCGGAAACACUAAUCUACCACAUGGCCUGCCCCCUCGGGAUCGGAUCGAUUUGGGAUGCUGUUCGCCGGGGACCCUAUACGAGGGGCGGUGCACAAGACCCCGAGAAGCUCAUUGUUGUUGUCAGCGCAGACGAUCUUCGCGCUGAAGGGAUCGAAUUGUACCAUGGCCUUUCUUGGGAAAAAACAUGUGAGGAUUUCGUCGAAAAGCUCGGUUCCAAAGGCCAACUGGACACCCUGGCCACUUGCGCCAAUCUCCUCGUCCUCUUCGGAUGUGACGGGGUGAUCUAUCACCGUGGCCGGCAGAUGGAGGAACCAACUCUGUUUUUUGAUCCUUUGGGAGUUGAGGGCAGGUUCAAUAGGCGACAUAUAGGACCUGUUCCAGGAGUUGUAGAAGCUUUUAUUGGAGGUCUAGCUACCGAGAUAGCACAGUCUCCUCCUGGGGCAUCCCUGAAUGCCGCUAUCAGUUUCGGCUUCAUCACUGCCAGACGGCUGGCAAGGCUAGGCUUCAGGACUAGCCAGGGAUCCCGGUGGCCUAGAUAUCCCCAUAUGGACAUCAUCAAGAAAACCACACUUCCUGACGAGGCGCCAAUCACACUUGAAAUUCCAUCUGAGAGCAUUUCCCGAGGUGAGAAACGGCACUGGUCUAUCCUACACCACAAUAUUGGAGACCCCGUGCAAGUGGCGUGCCAUAUUGUAACGCAGGGAACAUACUCAGCUGCAAAUUGGGUCCCUAUUGCCAGCUUUGGUCGUCUGCUUGUCCUUGACAGGUGGGAAACGGAAGGAUUUCGUAAUAUCUUCAAUGCCAUAUAUGAAUAUCUAUCAGCACCUCAGAUCAAACCACUCAAUAUCGGAAUCUUCGGGUCUAGAGGAUCUGGAAAGUCGUUUGCUACCGUCCAGGUCGCAGAAUCCGCAGCCUCAGCGGCACGAAGCGACAUCAAGAUUCAACACCUGCGCUUCGACCUUUCCCAGUUUACCACACCUGAAGAUCUCUCUCUCGCUUUUAACAAAGUGCGAGAAUGCAACCUUUCAGGAACUUUGCCUUUGCUCUAUAUCAAUGCUUUCGAUGCAGAACUCUCGGGUCGUCCGCUUGGUUGGCUAGCCCAUCUAUUGCCUCCUAUGCAUGGAGGCCGAGUCCAAGAUCGUGGCGAGAUGCAUCAUAUCGGCCCUGCCAUCAUUCUUCUAGGGUCCAGCUUCACAACGUCUCUGGAAAAUUUCGAGGACUUUUCCAAGAACAAUAGUGAAGAUGGAAAGGUGCUGCUGCGGGCCCAAGAAUUCCUGAGUUGCUUGCACGCUUUCGUCAACGUGAUUGGCAUUGAUCAAAUCGAUUCAUCCGACGUCUUGUAUCCAGUGCGACGGGCGGUGGUUCUUCGGGCCUUGUUGGAAGAAAGGGAACCAAAGUUGAAGAUGGGUGAAGGUAUUUCCAUUGACCAGAGCAUCCUAGAUGGGCUUCUCCUGAUCCCCACCUACCGACAUGGGCUUCGAUCCUUGAAGUCCAUAAUUGCCUUGAGCAAAGUCACCGGCAAGCGCCAUUUCGAACGAGCGGCACUGCCACCCGAAGCGCAGUUAGGCCUGCACCUCGAUUAUCCAACAUUUCUGGAGUGUUCACGGUACAACACGCUGUCCGACGAUCUCAGGGAGUCCAUUUCCGAGAAACUCCACAAUGUCUAUGUCCAAAUAAGGAGACGGAUGGCCAUGACAGCUGAGGAAAAGCAGGCUCUAGAAAGUGACCUCUCAUUGGCUCCGUGGGAGUCUCUGAAUGAAGAACUCAAGGAGUCGACACGUUCCCAUGCCGUCGAUAUCCCUCGAAAGCUCCGCAGUAUAUCUUGUUUUCUGGCUGCAGUGAAUGCCUCCCGCAAAGCUGUGGACAGUUUCGGCGAAAAAGAGCUAGACAUCUUGGCCGAGCAAGAGCAUGAGCGAUGGAAUGCCGAGCGCUUACAGAACCAGUGGCAUCAGGGCAAACGAGAUCCGGGGCAGCGAACAAGUCCUUUUCUUAUUCCCUGGAGAGAUCUUGAUCAGAAAUGGCAGAAUGUUGAUCGCGAGAUGGUCAGGUCUUAUCCCACAAUCUUGCCGGAAGGCUACAAAAUCUACCGCAUUGGGAAAGUUGAAAAGACGAAGCUCAUCGAGUCGACCACAGGAUUGAAAAGAGCAGCGAUAACAUGGUAG